UUCAGCGAUUUACGAAAAUACAGCGAAAUAAUCAACUGAACAUAAAACAGUAAAUGCUUGUUGACAUAAAAUCAGCGAAUGAAUUAGAAGGUUUUUAAACAUUAAUAAAUUCAUUUGUUAUUUAUAUUUGUAUGUUCACGUCAACCUAUUAUAAGUGAAAACUUCGAACAGCUGUGUAGACACGGGAGCAUAGUUAAGUUACUGAUACCCUCAUGAUCAGUAAUUAUAAAAUGUGCAUAACUAGUUCGAGAUAUAGUCUCGGCUAUAUGGGUUAUCAUUGAAUUAUAUCGAUUAUCAUACGUUUAUGGUGAUUGAUUAAAUGCGGAUAGAUGAUAUGGACCAUAGCUAAGCUAUUGUUUUGGCUAGAUGAAGUUAAAAGUUGAUACCACGUGGACAGCUUGCUUCACCAGUAGAAUAUACUCUGCUUUGCUGAAUGUACAGCAAAUUUAAUUGCUUAUUCAUCAACAAGUAGUAUUUUGUUUUACUGUCACUUAUGUAGAUGAGCAUUGCUGAAUGAGCAGCAAGUUUUACUGCAUAGAUUGCUGGGAAAACAACACACCAAAAAUGAGCAAAAGUUUGCUGCUUUCCAACAAUAACAAAUUUGGUGGCGUUGAAAUAAAAAAUAUGGAGCGACAUAGUGGCGAUAUCCGAGGAUCUUUUCAAGCUCGUGUGUUGUUUUUACGCGAAUUUCAGAAUUCACGAAAUUAUUCAUACUUGACUUAACAUUUUACUUAGCUACAAUCUCCUUUGUGUCUCUCAGGUAACAUUGCGAUGAGACCUAAAAUAAAUUUUCAAGCAAUAUGGCUUCAAGACUUGGAUUUUAAAUCAUGGCUGCGGCAAGUGGACGGCAAACCGAACGUCGCAUAUUGCAAUAUAUGCAUACACGAGUUUUCGCUUAGCAAUAUGGGUAAGCAAUCACUCAAAAGCCACAUGAAGUCUAAAAAGCAUACACAACGUACAACGGCUGGCAGCAGCGUAUCCAAAUAUUUCAAACUGCAAACGCAUAUCACUCCGGCUACUUCUUCAAACCAAUCAAAACCUGAUAAACAACCUUCAGUAGCAUCCACUGUUAAAUAUCAUCUAUCCUCUUCAGGGUCAAUCGGGAAGUUUUUGGUUAAAGAUAAGGUACUACAGCGGAAAUUUAAUGAUACCUUGAAACUGUCAUCAGUCAUAAAUCUAUCCGGUCAGCUGCGAAAGAUAUAUCAGUAAUGAAGCUGAUGUUCAGUGAUAGCGAGAUCGCCGAAAAGGUACAGCUGGGCCGUGAUAAAAUAACUUACUCAAUUGUACACGGAAUAGCACCAUACUUCAAGUCAAAUCUGAUGAGAAUACUGAAUAAUUGCGAUUUCAUUGUAAUUGGGUUUGACGAAUCCUUGAAAAAAAUAAGCAAAAAACAGCAAAUGGAUUUAAACGUUCGGUUCUGGGAUAUGAAUAAAAAUCAGGUAUGAACUAAACAAUGUUUUCCGUGUGUGUGUCUGUGUGUGUUUGUGUGUGUGUGUGUGUGUGUGUGUGUCUGUGUGUGUAUGUGUGUGUGUAUGUGUGUGUGUCUGUGUGUGUGUGUGUGUGUCUGUGUGUGUGUGUGUGUUUGUGUGUGUGUGUGUGUGUGUGUGUGUGUGUGUGUGUGUGUCUGUGUGUGUGUAUGUGUGUGUGUGUCUCUCUCUCUGUGUGUGUAUGUGUGUGUGGGUGUCUGUGUGAGUGUGUGUCUGUGUGUGUGAACCAUAAAAAAACCGAAAUUCAUCUUAAAGGUGACUUGCGUAUACACCGAGGCUUACGCUUUUACGCGUUUUUUUACGCGCUGUGUACCUUCCGCGGUUAGAUUAUUUUACUAACCUAACACGUCCAUAAAUAAUCCCAAAAACUCAGGUGGUUACCCGUUAUUUGACGUCGGAAUUUCUCGGCAGAAGCCGGGCUUUAGAUUUGCUCGCAGCGUUUAAGAACGGAAUUGGAGAUAUUCCCACUCACAAAGUAUUACAAGUGUCGAUGGACGAACCCAACACGAAUUGGGCUUUAUUACGAGAGCUGAAAGUAGAAUAUCAAAAAGACGACAAAAAGUUGGUUGAUUUGGGCAGCUGCGGCCUCCACAUUUUGCAUGGUGCGUUUAAGGAUGGUGUCAAAAGCACUAAGUGGGACGUCGACAAAUUUUUGCGUGCCAUCUAUAAUUUGUACAAAGAUGUUCCCGCCAGGCGGGCCCUGUACACGCAGUAUACAGGCAGCAGUGUUUUCCCCCUUAAGUUUUGUAGCCACAGGUGGCUAGAAAACGUUGAGGUUGCCCAAAGGGCCAUUAAUGUUGUUCAACACAUGCGGAAGUUUGUUGAGAGCGUGAAAAAAGAUAAAGUGGAACCAUCGUCGAAUUCUUUCAAAGAAGUUGUUGCUUCUUUAGCCGAUCCUCUCUUGUGCGCCAAGCUUGCUUUCUUCAAGUCUGUAGCAGUUGAAGUAGAGCCGUUUCUGAAGGAGUUCCAAACGGACGAUCCGAUGGUACCAUUCCUGUAUGCUACACUCUGUCAAACAUUAAGGAAUAUUAUGGAAUGUUUCAUGAAGUUCGACCAGCUGAAAAAUAUUACAAAGGUCACUGCUGAUGACGUAAAAGACAGCAAACAUUACUUAUCGUUGAACGAUAUCGUACUUGGUCUCGAUACCAAAAAGGCACUUAGAACCAUUGGUGAUACUGUGAAAAGUAAGGAUCUACUUCAAUUUAGAACAGAAUGUAGACAAAUGUUAGUAUCCAUAAUUUGCAAGAUGCUCACUCGAUCACCCUUGAGCUAUCCAAUGACCAAAGCUGCAUCGUGCUUCGAUCCAGCUAUGAUUUGUGCCGAUCCGAAUCUAGCAAAACGUCGCGCUGAAAAGGUGUUGUCUAUACUGACUGAUGCUGGAAGACUCACUGGACCUCUUGCGGAUCGAGCAUUGAAACAAUUUCGAUGCAUCAUUGCAGAUAAAACAAUUUUUGACCAGUCUGAUAGAACAGACAAUCGAGUGGAUCAUUUUUGGAUCAGAAUACUAGAGAAAAACAACGAUGAACUGUCAACCGUCAUUAAAAUGGUUAGUUGUUUGUCACAUGGGAAUGCCAAUGUUGAAAGAGGCUUCUCUAUAAAUGCUGAAUGCUUGUUCGAAAACAUGCAUGAUGAAUCAUUGGAAGCUAGACGACAAGUAUAUGACGCGGUUUGUUAUGAAGGAGGAAUAGAACAGGUUUCUGUAACGAAAGAGUUGAUCCACAGUGUUCGAAAUGCCCGUGCGCGCAUCAUGGAAUAUAAAGAGCGUUGUAAGAAGGAAAGUACUGAUGCCGAGAGAGAAAAAAUGCUAGAACGCCAGCGUACCGUUGAAGUUGAAUUCUCAGAGAAAAAACGAAAGCAAAUUUUAAGUGAUGCGAGCAAAGAAGCUGCAAGUUUGGAAAAACAAAUUAACCAACUGAAAAAAUGAUUACAUACCGAAUUUAGAUAUUUGAUCAAGUUCACAGAUUGAUUCCUCAAUGUAUAUCGCCACCCGUCAUGAAAAUCGUUAUUUCAUUCGUUUGGAGGACAACACUCAACAUUAUUAAGGACAUAGGUAUCCAGUGCACAGAAAUAACUCAUCACAGCAGAAACAUCGCUUAAGAACGACAGUAACUAAUUAUUGGCAAUCAGCAAACUACCAAACCAGUAACAACGUCUUGAUCAACAACUUCGAUGAUUCCCUGUGCAUAUUUUUUAUUCGUAAAAUAUUUGCAUUUGAUACUCAGUUGUGCAAAAUAAUUUUGAUUCCGAUGUCGAAAGAGAAAAAUUACUAGGUCGCCAGUGUUCCGUUGAAAUUAAAUAGUUAAAGAAAAAACUUGAGCAAAUUUCAAAUGCUGCGAGUAAAGAAGCUGCAAAUUUAGAAAAGCAAAUCAAGCAACCUGAAAAAUGAUAACAUACCGAAUUUGGGUUUAAUGUUUUUCACUGUUAUUAAUUUCUUCAAUGCAAAUCACAAUUUAUCUAUAAAAACAUUGUUUUAUUUUAACGUGAAUUAUCGCUGUCUUUCAGGUAGAUUGGUCAGUUCACAAAUUCCUCAAUGCAUAACGUAACCCUUAAUGAUGGUCGUUAACUUAUUGGGCUGGAAGAAAACACUCACCAUUAAUCAGAACAUACGCUUCCAGUGCAUAGAAAUAGCUCAUCACAGCAGAAAAAUCGGUUCAGAACGACAGCUACUAACAUUUAACUAAUUAUCGGCAGUCGGAAACGUCGUUAUCAACGCUCUCCGAUAGUUUUCUGUUCAUGUUUUACAUUUAAAAGAUAUUUGCAAUCAAUAUUUAGCUAUGAAAAAUAAUUUUGAUUCUGAUGUCGAAAGAGAAAAAUUACUAGGUCGCCAGUGUUCCGUUGAAGUAAAAUCGUUAGAGAAAAAACUGGAGCAAAUUUCAAAUGCUGCGAGUAAAGAAGCAGCAAAUUUAGAAAAGCAAAUCAAGCAACCUGAAAAAUGAUAACAUACCGAAUUUGGGUAACUCAUGUCAUGUUCAAUGUUUUUUACUGUUAUUAAUUUCUUCAAUGCAAAUCACAAUUUAUCUAUAAAAACAUUGUUUUAUUUCAACGUGAAUUAUCGCUGUCUUUCAGGUAGAUUGGUCAGUUCACAAAUUCCUCGAUGCAUAUCGUAACCCUUAAUGAUGGUUGUUAACUUAUUGGGCUGGAAGAAAACAUUCAACGUAAAUCAGGUUGACUUAUACAAUUUUUUUUCAGCACAUACGCUUCCAGUGCACAGAAAUAGCUCAUCAAUCGGUUCAGAACGAUAGCUACUAGCAUUCAACUAAUUAUUGGCAAUCAGCAAACUAUCGAAUCCAGUAGAAACGUCAUUAUCAACAACUUCGAUAAUUUUCUGUGCAUAUUUUUCAUACGAAAGAUAUUUGCAAUUAAUAUUCAGCUAUGCAAAAUAAUUUUGUGGUGAAGAAAUCACGUAGCAGGGAGAGCAGAACGAAACUAUGUGAAGAAAUUUCCGAGUGAAGGUGUCGGCUGUAUGUAGGAAAUUAUAAGCCGCCAUGCAUGCCACACCGUAUGCAUUGCCACGAAUCAACGUUAUGUGAUGUAGGUGUGAAAAUCGUUACCUGAUUCAAUUUAAAACAAAUUUUAAGUGAUGCGAGUAAAAAAGCUGCAAGUUUAAAAGGAUAUCAACCAACUGAAAAAAAAUGAUAACAUAUCGAAUUCGGGGAAGUCUGAUGCUGUUGUUAGUUCCUCCAAUGCAAAUCACAAUCACAAUUUAUCUAUAAAAAUAUUGUUUUAUUUCAACGUGAAUUAUCGCUCUCUUUCAGAUAUAUUGGUCAGUUCACAGAUUUCUUGAUGCAUAUCGUCACCCGUCAUGACAAUCGUUAUUUUAUUCGUUUGAAGGACAACUCUCAACAUUAAUCAGAACAUGCGCUUCCAGUUCACAGAAAUAGCUCAUCACAGCAGACUAAUCGGUUCAGAACGACAGCUACUAGCAUUCAACUAAUUAUCGGCAAUCAGCAAUCUAUCAAAUCCACUAGAAACGUCAUCAACAAAUUCGAUGUUUUCUGUGCAUAUUUUUCAUACGAAAGGUAUUUGCAAUUAAUAUUCAGUUAUGCAGAAUAAUUUUGUAGUGAAGAAAUCACGUAGCAAGGAGAGCAGAACGAAACUAUGUGAACAAAUUUCGAGUGAAGGUUUUGGCUGUAUGUAGGAAAUUAUUACAUGUCAUACAGUAUACAUUGCCACGAAUCAACGGUAUGUCAAUUAGGUUAACAAUAUAAUAUGUUAUUUAUUUUUUUAACUAAUUAAACAUAAUCCCUUUUUUAAUCUUACUAACCUGGAUACUUUUCUCAAAAUAAGUGAAAUUAUUCAAGAUUUGUAAUUGCAAAAGCAAAGCUAAACUGCUUUAAUUACUUGUGGGAGUUUUAGCAUGAACCUAUGAGAAUCUUUUUCUUUUUAGUUUUGCGAAGUAGGUGUCUUCAGCUGAAUCAAUUUAAAACAAAUUUGAACAGUCAGGGGAAAAAAAUUUAAACAUCAGGGAAAAUCAGGGAAUAUCAGCGAAUUUUUUUUUGGAAAUUGAGUUGCCACCCUGAGGUCAGCCACCUGUUGAGAGCCAGCAUAUCCCGAAGAAAUCGCAGGUUUCAUCAGAAGAAGAGUUCCAUGGAUUCGAGUUGGACGAUAAUCCCGAAAGACCAAAUUCAAGCCAAGGAAACCAUCAACCAAGCCGUCAACGUAGACCAAUCAAGAGACCAGCAAAAUUUGAUAACUAUCACAUGUAAUUUCUUAUUUUGAAACAAGGGGAGAUGUGGUACCCGAGUGGGGCCCUGAGAUAUUGUUGUAACGUUUGGAAUUGGGAAUAUGGUCCUGCACUGUUAGAUUUAGAAGCUAACGAACGCAGAGUGCAGAAAUAAAGUUUUUUG